GUUGAGGGACUAUUUUACCUUUUGUUGUUGAUUUUAUUUACGAAAACAAAACGUUUUAUUGAUUAAUCUUCUAUUUAAAUACGAUUUGUAAUAAUUAUGGUAUAUUAUAACGUGGAUAAUGUACGUCCCUUUUUAAAAAUAUAAAAACCUCGUGGUUCCGUUGGACGGCCGGUGAAACAUAACCUCAAAAUGUAAACACCCUUGUUGAUGACGCUACAAAAACGUUUGGUUUAGUUUGCGUGUCGAGUAAUUUGAUUUUUCAUUAAAAUAAAACUCGCUAAAAACGAGAGAAAAGAAACUUUAUUUUUUCGUCAGUGAUUAUUGUGAUAAUACAAGUUUUAUUAGUUUUGUUUGUGUAUUCGAAAGUUAUUCGAACAAUGCCUACUUGGAAUCAAAUUCAGACACAACUUCGAAAUCCAAACAAUCCAGUUGUAUUUUUUGACGUUUCCGUUGGUAAUACGGAAAUUGGACGCAUGAUCUUCGAAUUAUUUGACGAUGUCUGUCCGAAGACGUCGGAAAAUUUUCGCCAAUUUUGCACCGGCGAGUUUAGAAAAGAUGGAGCACCAUUGGGAUUUAAAGGCGCUAUUUUUCAUCGUGUUAUCAAGGACUUUAUGAUUCAGGGCGGAGAUUUUGUCAAUGGUGAUGGAACUGGAGUUUUAAGUAUUUACGGAGGUGGAACAUUUUCCGAUGAAAAUUUCACAUUGAAGCAUGACUCGCCAGGUUUAUUGUCAAUGGCAAACAGUGGAAAGGACACGAAUGGUUGUCAAUUUUUUAUAACUUGUGCAAAAUGUAAUUUUUUGGAUGGGAAACAUGUGGUUUUUGGAAGAGUUAUCGAUGGCCUUCUAGUAAUGAGGAAAGUAGAAAAUGUCCCGACCGGACCAAAUAAUAAACCGAAAAUUCCUGUCACAAUUUCACAAUGUGGUCAAAUGUAACAUAUUUGUACAUUAAUCUAUAGGAUAUUUGUAUUAAAAAUUAUUUUUAUUCAAAAAA